AGCGGAAGCGACCGUGGGGAAUUGCACAGUUAAGCAGACGCCUUUGCAUCAGUGCAGGCACAGAGAGUGGACAAUGUUGCUGGUAACGUUGUUGUGUUUUUCGGCUGCGUGGACCUUUUGCGUGUCAGUGGACGGCGGGAUGCUUUUCCCGCGGGAUUCUUUCUCCCGGGAGGUGAAGGAGCUGAACGGACUGUGGACAUUCAGAGCCGAUUUCUCUCCAAACAGGAACCAGGGUUUCGAUCAGCUCUGGUUUAAACAGCCUUUAGCAGAGUCCGGUCCGGUCAUUGACAUGCCUGUACCCUCCAGCUUCAACGAUGUAACUCAGGACUAUAAGUUGAGAGAUUUCAUCGGCUGGGUGUGGUACGAGAAGGAAGCGUGGGUCCCUCAGCACUGGCUUCAGAACAAGGACACGAGGAUUAUGCUCAGAGUUGGAAGUGCACACUAUUAUGCAAUAGUCUGGGUGAACGGGUUUCGGGUGAUGGAACAUGAAGGCGGUCAUCUUCCCUUUGAAGUGAAUAUUGGUGAUGUGAUCCGGAUGGGUGCGAAUAUGCCAUGCCGAAUCACCAUCGCUGUUAAUAACACCCUGUCCCUGCACACUCUUCCACCGGGAACCAUCCAGUACAUGAACGAUCCUACCAAGUAUCCUGCCGGUUACUUCAUUCAAAACACCAACUUUGAUUUCUUUAAUUAUGCGGGGAUACACCGCUCUGUGUUACUGUACACGACUCCAAAGGCAUACAUUGAUGACAUCACCGUGACUACUUCCUUCUCAGACAGUAUUGGGAUUGUGAAUUACAAUGUGACACCAGAGGGCAGUGCCAAGCCAUUGGUAAAGGCCACGCUUAUGGAUAAAGAUGGCCGAUGUGUGGCCACUGCUAACGGAGCCAUUGGUGUUCUCAAAGUGCCUGAAGUCAACCUGUGGUGGCCUUACCUGAUGCACCAGAACCCAGGAUACCUGUACUCCAUGGAGGUUCAGCUCACAGCGGAGAGUGGUGAGGUGGAUUACUACACGCUGCCUGUGGGAAUCCGGACUGUCCAAGUCACCAGUACACAGUUCCUCAUCAACAACAAGCCCUUCUACUUCCAUGGAGUCAACAAACAUGAGGAUGCAGAUGUUCGGGGGAAGGGCUUCGACUGGCCUCUCAUCGUAAAAGAUUUCAACCUGAUGAAGUGGAUGGGCGCGAACUCGUUCCGCACCAGUCACUACCCGUAUGCUGAGGAAAUCCUGCAAAUGGCCGACCGCCAUGGCAUCGUGGUUAUAGACGAGUGCCCUGGAGUGGGCAUUAAAGACAUACGCAGCUUUGAUAAUACGUCACUGGCCCAUCACCUCGUCGUCAUGAAGGAGCUGGUGACGAGGGAUAAGAAUCACCCCUCUGUGGUCAUGUGGUCUGUAGCCAAUGAGCCGGCAGCCGAGAUGCCGCCAGCAAACUUCUAUUUCAAACAACUCAUAAAGUACACAAAAUAUUUAGAUCCAACGCGUCCAGUGACCUUCAUCACAGACAGUAACUACGCCAGGGACCAAGGAGCUCCUUACGUAGACGUGAUCUGUGUGAACAGCUACUUUUCCUGGUACCAUGACCCUGGGCAUCUGGAGGUCAUCUCCAUCCAGCUGCAAACUCAGUUUGACAACUGGUAUGGAAAAUACAAGAAGCCCAUCAUACAGAGCGAGUAUGGGGCGGAUGCUGUAGCAGGCCUACACAAUGAUCCUCCAUCUAUGUUUACUGAGGAGUACCAGAAAACCGUCCUGCAGAACUACCACAAGGUAUUCGAUCAGAAGAGGAAGGAGUUUGUCGUGGGAGAGCUCAUCUGGAACUUUGCUGACUUCUUGACAGCUCAGGGCAUCACUCGCGUGGUUGGCAACAAGAAGGGCAUGUUCACUCGGCAGCGGCAACCCAAAUCAGGAGCCUUUCUUCUGAAAGAGCGCUACUGGGGGAUCGCCAAUGAAACAGGUGUCCUGUCUACAUGGGCCAAAUACCCCUGCCUGUGAAACCUCCACCCUGGCUGUCAUGUUACAUCUGUCUCCGUGUGGGUGGAUGAGCUGGAAAGAGCAAUAGAGACAAAGAAAUAGAACUACAAAAGUGAGCUGUGAAAAUGAAUCAAAAUGUUUCAUUGAUUCGAAAUAAUGCCUUAUUAUGCCAAUCAACCAGUUAGAUGAUUCAUAAGUUGCUUGUUUCUGGUUGUGUAUUUCAGGGAGAAUUUAAAAAUUUGACCUAAUUUGUAAUACUUAUAAAAAGUAAAAAUGCACUUCAUCUUAUUGAACACAUAUCCAGAAUGUCGUAGGUGAACCAAACUUGUAACACUAGUGCCAGAAGUAUAAAUGUAUUCUUUUAAAAAUAGUUGAAUAGUUAAAUAGUUACCUUUUUCUUGAAGCUAACUCAAGCACACAGCAUUGGUUUAAUCCAAACUUUGAUCUAGGAGCUUUUUAUAAUGUUCAGCACACCUAGUGAUGUUUCCCCAGUCAUCUUAUUAUCAGCAAUAACCGCGCCGUUAUUGCACACAGCCAGUUAUCCGCGCUUCAAUUAUGGGAAGCCUUUAGGGUCUAACUCUUAUUUGAUUAAUUUGCGUAAAAUAAAAGAUAUUGAACAAUAAAAUUUGUAGGUUAAUCACAUGCGUUAAUAUUGACAAUAUAUAUACAGUGGAACCUUAGAUGGCGAGCAUAAUUUGUUCCGGAAGAAUGCUUGUAUAUCAAAACACUUGUAUAUCAAAGCGACCUCCUACUUGCCUACAUACCUGGCUAACAUUAAAGAAACAAGCUGCGAUACUGUACAUCACUAUACCGGUUUACGAAUGAGCUACUACAAGGGUCUUUAAGUCAAACCAGGAAGUUUCUCCUGAAUUAAGCCGUGAAAAAUCGAUAUGUAAAUCAUAGAAAGUAAACUUACACUUAAUCAGUACAGUGAUGACACUUAUAUCCUCAUUAAAUGUUCUUGAUCCACACACAUCGUGCAUGUUGCUGCAGAUUUGUCGGCUGCACAUCAAUGACGUGACUCUCCUGUUCCGCCACAUAAGGUGCUUAAUCUAUAGGAUUGAGAUCUAGAGACUGUGUGGGCCAUUUGAGAACAGUGAACUUAGUGUUAUGUUCAAGAAACCAGCAUUUAACUAGCAUUUAAACGAUGCUUAAUUGAUUCUAAGAAGCCCGAAGAGUGCUAAGAUGGAUCCAUGGGAGAUGGAUCCAUGCUUCAUGUUGUUGAUGCAUUGUCUCCCAGAGAACUGCCACACACUGCACAUUUUCUCUUUUUCAGACCAUUCUCUGUAAAUCCUAGACAUCUUUGUGUUCUCAGUAGAUCAGAAAUACUCAGACCACCAUGCCACAUUAAAAGUCACAGCCAACUGAACUGGUGUGCCUAAUGAAGUGGACAAUGAGUGUCUAGAGAAACGGGUAGUUUUUUACUCUUAUAACUGUGUUGUUAUCUUGCAUAAUCAAAAGUCCCGGUUUGACUCACUUCAGAUAUGAACUCGUUCUUUGGUAGGUGUUCAUAGAGCAUUAAGAUGUGCUGAAUUGUUUUAGAUUCUUUUAAAUGAUAGACCAGGAUUUACUAAUAGACUUGCUUUUUCUUUUACCUACCUGUAGGUUUAACAGUUUUUUAGUUUGCUUUGAUUUACUUUUGGAUUUUUUUUUUCAAGUAUGUAGGAUUUUAAAAGGUGUUAUACCAAAAAUUGUAAACUUGACCUUUUUCACUUUUAAUAAAAAUGGAAUUCCUGUAUGUGAUUGGAUUAA